CAAACCUCAAUUUGUUUCCACGAACUCAACAAACACAACAAAACAGUCAAAACUCAAACACAAACGCAAAACACAAAACACAAAUCUUUCCCCUCUCUAAACUAUCUCUCUCUCUCUCUCUCUCUCUCUCUCUCUCUCUCUUCCACAUGAAAAGCUUAGAACUUGAGAAAAACCCAACUGAAGAAUAAUAAAGGCCAUGUCUUUUCUCUUACCCAACCUCUCUCCCUCUCUUGUUCUUCAUCACAAUCACAAAUCAAAAGAAAAAACCUUCAUUCCCCAAUCACUCUCCCCCCACCAACCAAAACCCAAUUCUCACUCUCACUAUAUCUCUCCUCUCUCCCUCACCAGCCUCCAAACCCCUCCUCCACUACAGGGUGUAGCUCAGGUUAACACUCCCCCUGGUGCACAAGAUAAGCACCAAAAAGAUGACUUCUAUGUCAACCUUGGCCUUGCUGUAAGGACGCUCAGAGAAGACCUUCCUGUGCUAUUCACCAAGGACCUCAAUUAUGACAUUUACAGGGAUGAUAUUACAUUUUUAGACCCAUUGAACACGUUUACCGGUAUUGAAAACUACAAAUUGAUCUUCUGGGCAUUGAGAUUUCAUGGUAAAAUUCUGUUCCGAGAGAUUUCACUUGAGGUAUAUAGGAUUUGGCAACCUUCUGAGAAUGUGAUUUUGAUAAGGUGGAACCUGAGGGGUGUCCCUCGGGUUCCAUGGGAGACCAAAGGGCAGUUUCAGGGGACUUCAAAGUAUAAAUUGGAUCGAACUGGGAAAAUUUAUGAACACAAAGUUGACAAUUUAGCAUUUAAUUUCCCACAGCAGCUCAAGCCGGCUGCUUCGGUGUUGGAUUUGGUGGGUGCUUGCCCUGCAAGUCCUAAUCCAACAUUUAUGUUUGGGCCAGAUGAUGUAUAUUCAUCCUCAUGGGUGGAGUUUUAUCGGGCAGUGAGGGGGACAUUGAAUCGAGAAGGGUACUUACUUUCACAAGAUGGUUUGGUUACUUGUUCAUAGUUUAGUGAGCAACUCCAUACAUGAUUUAUACUCGAAAUUCAAUAUACAUAUUUAUUAGUAUUUAGUGCAUUUCAUUUUGUAUGAUAUAUUAUAUUGGUCUAUAGCAAAUAAUGGUUUUUGAUGGCCAAGGGUGUAUGUACAUAGGCAGGGAUAAUGGAGAGAUCAAUGUAAUUCUUGUUUUGGUGGAGGCAGAGUAGCUUGGGCAUAUAUGGUGAGCUAAUUACAGGUCAGAGAUGUUACAUAUAUAUGUAUACAAAACCUUGAUUCUGUUUCUACUGAAUCUAAUUCUACAUUUAUUCUGUCACAAAA